AUGAGCACGACAGCGAAGGACCUGCCGCGCGGCUGGAAGGAGGUGCAGAGCAAGAGCCGACCUGGAAAGGUGUAUUUCCUGCACCUCAAGAGCGGCGAGAAGACAUGGAAGCUCUCACACGUGCACGCCAAGGAGCGCGAAUUCAGACACCGCGCUGCGGCUGACACGAAAAAGCGCCGUUCAGCCGACGGCUCCGGCCCGGAGAGCGUUCAGGCGCUGCAUAUCCUCGUGAAACAUUCUGGAUCCAGGAGACCUUCCUCCUGGCGACAGGAGAACAUCACUCGCAGCAAAGCGGUGGCGGAGGCUAAGGCAGGUGGCAUCCGCGAUAAAUUACUGGCAUGUAUGGAGGCCAACGCUAGACCAGCCGAGGCACUACGCGAGCUUUUUGAGGCAAUUGCUAAGGAAGAAAGUGACUGUAGCAGGUUCGUGUAUUGA